AUGUCAGCGUACGGCUCCUCUGCCAUCGCUCCUCCUGCUCCGCGCCGUGCCGUGGGGCCUCGACUGUAUGCGCACCCUACCGACAAGGCGUGCCUCGUGCUGGCGCUACCCUUUUCCAAGGCGAACCCGCCGCCGCAUGAGGCGAGACGGGCGCUCAAGACGUGCUUUGAUGCCGAGCUGGCCGCAGGCAAGACGUACCCUCAACGCGGCCCCCUGAGCGAUGCCGAGUUCGACGCCUACUUCCUCUCUUACGAUCUGAUCCUGGGACUUCUGCUGCCCUCCUCCUCCUUCUCCUCCAAGGGCGAGGGCGAGGGUGCGCCACUACCAUAUCAAGGCCAAGCCACGACGCUCGCUUCCCUCUCUUUCUCCCUCGCCGACGUCGACUGGUCCACGCGCCUCGCGUUCGGCUACUACAUCAAGCCCAACUAUCCGGGACGCAGUUCGCAUCUCUGCAAUGCAGGCUUCCUCAUUCCGCCCUCGAUGCGCGGCCAGCGACUCGGCUCCCUCGCCGGGCGUUCCUACAUCCACUACGCGCCGCGCCUGGGCUUCAAGGGCAGCGUCUUCAAUCUCGUGUACGUGAGCAACGUCGCCUCGACGCGCAUCUGGGACGCGCUCGGCUUCGCCAAGGUCGGCCGCAUCCCGCACGCUGGGCUGCUCGUGGUGGAUGCACACGGCAAGGAGGAGUAUACGGAUGCGUGGCUCAUCCAUGGAGACUUUGAGAAGCUGCAGAAGCGCCUCGAUGAGGCAUCGCACUAGAAAGAGACGGCAAGACGAGGCAAUGCAAAGUCAGU